AAGAAUAACGCGUGUGCGCGUGAAAGUGACCCAAAAAAAAAAAAGGUACGAGGUUCAGUUCAAUUUCCCUUAACAGAAAAAUGUAUUGAAAUUGCAGAUUCAGUUGGCGACAACUAAGCGGCGUAGUUGGAGUCUUUUCGCGACAAUUAGUGGCCUGUCCAGGCUGCGAGUUUGUUGGGCGAAAACGGAAUUAUAUAACGUUCAAUAAUCGGCGAAAAAGUGCUGGUAGAAUUACCGAGCCCACAAAAUGAAGCCCAAGAAAGGCGCAUUUGCCAACUCCUCGUCGGGCUAUGGCAAAUCGCGGAAUAGCUAUCGCAAUAAUGCGGCUAAGCAGGAGGAGCCCGAUGCCAAGCAAGAGGAGAAGUUGAAUGCAGAGAAGGCAAAGGAGCUGCACUCGGAGAAGGAUUUGAACUCCGGUUUUGGUGAUUAUAUGCGCUCGCCGGAAGGUACUAGUAAUAUUCUGCUCUUGACACAAAUACUUUUUACGAAAUAAAGCGAAAGUUAAGAAGAGAAGAAGAAGAAAGUUGA